AUGACACCCGUACACUUCAGCUUUAGCUCCGCCUUUGUCCUAGGGCUCAUGGGCCUCACAUUCCACCGCACCCACCUUUUAUCAGCCCUGCUCUGCCUAGAGGGAAUGAUAUUAUCACUAUUUAUUGCACUUGCCCUCUGGGCCCUACAAUUUGAAAUAACUGGAUUCUCCGCAGCACCUAUACUUCUUCUAGCAUUUUCCGCCUGUGAAGCCAGUGCAGGCCUGGCCCUACUUGUUGCCACAGCCCGAACCCAUGGAACCGACCGCCUCCAAAACCUUAACCUUCUACAAUGCUAA